GCUGUUCUUAUUUAACCAAUGGGAGUAGGUCAGCUGCCAGCUUCUGUAUAUAAGUCUGAGCCAUUGAGCUUCCGAACCGAAGCACAAUAGGAUAAAGCUCUAGCAUGGAAGUUAUCAACAGAUACGUUACAAUCAAGACCCACGUAGAUGGUGCUCCGGAAGAGUCUGAUUUCGAGCUCAAGGCUUCAGCUGUCGCUUUGUCCCUGGAGCCUGGAUCGAAUGAAGUUAUUGUAAAAAAUCUCUGCGUUUCAAUUGAUCCUUACCAGUUAAACCGCAUGAAAAGCUACAGCUCAUCACAGAAGAGUUCCGAUUUUGCAGUUGGCAUCAUUCCCGGUGAGGCUAUUGAUACUUAUGGUGUGGGCAAAGUCGUGAUUUCUGAAAAUUCAGAAUUUGAGAAGGAUGACAUUGUUGCGGGGCUUCUUAAUUGGGGAGAGUACACUGUGAUAAAACCCGGUGGCAUGUUAAACAAGCUUAACCCCAUGGGAUUUCCGUUGUCUUACCAUGUUGGAAUUUUGGGGUUCAGUGGACUGACGGCCUAUGCCGGAUUCUUCGAAGUAUGUAAGCCCAAAAGGGGGGAGAAAGUGUUUGUUUCUGCUGCGUCUGGAUCAGUUGGAAAUUUGGUUGGACAAUAUGCAAAAUUGAUUGGUUGUUAUGUCGUUGGCUGUGCUGGAAGCAAGGAUAAGGUAGCAUUGCUUAAAGAAAAGCUCGGUUUUGAUGAGGCCUUCAACUACAAGGAAGAAACUGAUCUGAAGUCAACUCUCAGAAGGUACUUCCCUGAUGGAAUUGACAUAUAUUUUGACAACGUGGGAGCCGAAAUGCAAGAAGCAGCGAUCGUUAACAUGAAGAUCCAUGGUAGGAUAGCUGUUUGUGGGGUAAUUUCAGAGUAUACUGAUGCUGGGAAGCGAGCUGCACCAAGCAUGAUUGAAGUUAUAUACAAGAGAAUCAAAAUCCAGGGGUUUCUAGCUGGUGAUUACUUGAACAUCUUUACUGAUUUCCUUUCAACAACUCGUGAUCACCUUCGCACUGGUAAAAUUAAGCCAUUGGAAGACAUCUCGGAUGGGGUCGAGAGCAUCCCCUGUGCUUUUAUCAGUCUCUAUCGCGGUCAAAACAUUGGAAAGAAAAUUGUUAAAAUUGCAGAAGAGUAAUUGGGAGGAAAACUAGUUUUCCCAUGAAUAAUAUUUUGAUUUAAUAUUUCGCAAAUUUUUCGACAUUUACUU